GACAUCUCCGCUCUGCUUGACACCAUACGUACUCAAGUAUCUUUACAUGUAAAAGGAGUGCGCUAGUACUUAUCGCCACCCCCUGUUCCUACUUAUAUCGUGGUACCUACCCAGGAUGUACCCUCAAAAGCGGGCUAGCGAGUACUUAGGUGCGCAUUUGCUGGGGUACCUGGACCAUGACAUCCAAUGUUCCACCUCAUAUGUACCUACGUAGUAGGACCGCGCUACUGCUGUACCGGUAUCAGUCUGGCGCUUCAGAGAGCGAGGUAUGCGUAGUUUAGCGCGUCAGUAGAUCAGUAGAGGUAUCACUUAUCGAUACAAGCCCCACUGUAUUUUCUCAUUCGCUGCCUCCAAUCGUGAUGCUUGGAGCAGCCUAUCUCACUUUGUCAUCGUUCUUUUCAUGCUCUUCUAACCAACCCUCUAAGAAAGUCGUGGCCCAGGAUGCAUGUUCAACAAGGCGACGUACCGGUGUACACGGUGGCAGGCGCCAAUACCGCGAGGCCACUCCCAGACUGGCUUGCUCGACGGAGGAAGCGUAGCUUGAAGGCCGACCCCGAAUAUCAGAAUCGCAUAGAGCUCUUGCAAGACUUUUCCUUUGAGGAAGCGAGUGCUUGUGUCAGGGUUUCUGAAGACAACAAUUGGAUUGUUUCAACUGGAACAUACAAGCCCCAGAUUCAUGUUCACUAUCUCCCACACCUUUCCUUAUCAUACGCGCGGCACACAACGAGUCUCAACGUCAAGUUUUCCCUGCUCUCGACGGAUGCCUCCAAAUCGCUACACUUACAAAGUGACCGACGGGUCGAACUACACACACCAGCCGGCCUUCAUGAGGCCAUAAAACUACCUCGAUACGGCCGAGAUCUUUGUUAUGACCGUUUAACGACGGAGGCGCUGAUUGGGUCUGUCGGCUUAGGUCCAGAGGGUCAUGGAGAGGUCUUCAGAUUCAAUCUUGAAGCUGGAAGAUUCAUGCAAUCUUAUAGGGUAGAUGUAGGGGGUGACAGCGGUUCCGAAGUAGGACUACAGGGUAGCAGUAUGUGCUUGAAGUCUGCAAUUUCUUUUUACACAGACCUAGGACUUGUAUCUCGUGGCCUUGCUGGUUCCCUAAUAUCAGUGCGCAUUGCUAAUUUGCAUCGCUGUUUAGUUUGGGCACCGGCCGUCAAUUCUAUAGCGAUUGCGGAAAAUGCACACAAUCUUCUCGCAUUCGGCACUUCCGUUGGCUCUGUCGAGUUUUGGGACCCCCGUUCUCGGUCUCGCAUCGCCGUCUUAGGUGGUCAGGAGGGUGAAAUUACUGCUCUUGAUUUCAACGACUCGGGGCUCUCAAUAGCUACGGGAAGCUCUUCCGGCGUAGUAAAGCUUUUCGACAUGCGAAGUCCAAAGCCUCUCUGGCAGAAAGACCACGGUAGCGGAUUCCCGAUCAAGAACCUCAUACAUAUGACGACUUCUUCCUCAGAACGCAAGAUAUUGUCUAGCGACAAACAACUCAUAAAGAUCAACGAGGAAACUUCUGGACAGACAUGGACUAGCAUUGAGCCCAUCGUUGAUCUAAAUUUUACUACUUGGGUCAAAGGAACUGGGAUGAUUCUCACGGCCAACGAAGGCCAGGCGAUGCAUGCUUUCUUGAUCCCUCAAUUAGGUAAUGCACCACGGUGGGCCGGGCAUCUCGAUUCUCUCACAGAGGAGAUGGCAAGCGAAGUAACAACGGAUAACUACGAAAACUACAAGUUCUUGACGUUGCCCGAGUUAAGGUCUCUCAGUAUGGACCAUUUAAUCGGCAAAACCAAUCUGUUACGGCCCUAUAUGCACGGCUAUUUCGUUGCUUCAAAACUAUACGAGCAAGCCCGACUUAUUGCCAAUCCCUUCGCUUUCGAAGAGGAGCGCGCCAAGCGUAUCAAAGAGAAGGUUGAGAAGGAACGUGCUAGUCGCAUUCGCGGCAACAAGAAGGUCAAGGUUAACCAGAGACUCGUCAACAAAUUGCUCAAGAAACAAGAGAAGAGAGCUACUGUCGACCCGAAUGCUGGCAUUCUUGGUGAUGAGCGUUUCAGCCGGAUGUUUGAGAAUGAAGAGUUCCAAAUUGAUGAAAACAGCCGAGAGUUCAAGGCGCUCAACCCAAGCACACAAGUUGACCCUGAAACAGGCAAGGCAGCUCGCCCAGUAACCUCAUUCUCGGAAGAAAGUGAUGUGGGUAGUGAGAGCAGCAGUGAUGAGAGCGAUGAUUCUGAGGGCACGCCUCAGACAGCCCAAAGAGACUCGGUUGUUAUGCGUGUUAGUUCUUCGAAUCGAGAGGGUGGUGGGCGGGACCGUGAUACGGCGUUUGGGUCUAGGACUCAAAAACAGAAUCGUCCCGCCAAGGCUAGAGGGCGUGAUGUAGUUGGUGAUAAGGAAAUCACGUUUGCGCCAGAGCCGAAAAUGAAAGAGAAGAGGGACGAGCCUACAACAUCAGAAGCAGAGAAGCGGACUAAGGCUAGGCGCAGUGCCAGUGGAAACGUUCUAAGGCGAAUAUGAUAGUCCGUUAUCCGAUUGAAAAAAAAAAAAAAAGUACAAAUUAUUAGCACAGUCAAUAGCCAACUCCAUUUCUCGCGACCUAGGCGUUGGAGACUAAAUCAUGAUACCCAUCUAUCAAUUCCCGUUGAUUUCUUUGGCCCACCGCUCCAGGCGCAUUUGUAGCUGAUUUAUUUUCUCGUCCACUUGUUGCCCCGCCCUUCAGGACUUUGUCGGACAGUCGAUUUGGCCAACCCCUUCUCA